AGUACAUAUUUCACAAUGGUCGAGCUAACACUUUAUGGCGUGGACGGUAGCCCACCUGUUCGUGCCGUUAAACUGACUCUAGCGGCUCUCAAUUUGCCGUAUAAGUAUGUUCAGGUGAAUAUAUUAGGACGGGAACAGUUAUCUCCGGCUUUUUUGGAGAAGAAUCCCCAGCAUACGGUUCCUACCCUGGAGGAUGGCGGCAAUUUCAUCUGGGAUUCACAUGCAAUCAUGGCUUAUUUGGUCACCAAAUAUGCCUCCAGUGAUGAGUUGUAUCCCAAGGAUCCGCUUAAACGAGCCGUAGUUGAUCAGCGUUUGCAUUUUGAGUCUGGCGUGGUAUUUGCCGCAGCACUGAGAAGUAUCACCAAGUUGGUUCUAUUCCUAAACCAAACUGUGAUCGCUCAAACCCAAAUCGAUGCCAUUGUGGAGGCGUAUGACUUUGUGGAAAAGUUUCUUCAGAAUCAUGACUAUAUUGCUGGCAAUAGUCUGACUAUUGCGGACUUUAGUCUGGUUUCAUCGAUCACGUCGCUGGUGGCCUAUUUAGAUAUCGAUCAGGCCAAAUAUACAAAGCUAAGCAGUUGGAUCAAGAAACUGGAAAAACUACCUUACUAUGAGGAGGCAAAUGGAAAAGGCGCCGCAUUCUUUGUCUCUAUGAUUAAAGGAAAACCAUUUACGGUUGCUAAAUGAAUAAUCGUAUUGAAUUUCACAAUUUGUUAAUAAACUAUUUCCAGUCGCUCGUUAGACGAAAUGAUUAAAA